GGAAACAAAUAUUUAACCGAUUAUGCAUCGUGGAUACUAUUGAGAUCUGAGAGCCUUGUUUAUUCAAAUGAAAAGAAAAAAAAUAAUAAAUAAAUAUAGGAAAAAACUAAACAUACGAAAUUUGAUUUUUUUUUUCCUUAACAUGAAAUUUGAAUUUAAAUAGAAUAUUAUAGCUGGAUGAGGUGGGAAUAUUUUACAUUAAUCAAUGAUUAGUAGCUAAGUAAUUGUGUAAAUGCAAAUUGCAUUAGAAAUGAUUUGAUUAAGGUAUAGUUGCCAGGUGUUAAUCUCAGUCUUGCCCCCAGGUUGUUGUUUAGAUUCAGAGAGAAAGAGGAGAAUCAUCAUCCUAGCUGUUUCCUAUUUGCCCAUUUCUCUCCAAUCAUCAUCAAGCAUCAAUCAGCCAUGGCAUUUUCUCUCUCAUCUUUCUCUCUCUAGACCCCAUCCCUUCCUCCACCUUCCCGCGUCGGCUCGCGCCUUUUCGUCUCGUGUGAUUCGGUUUUCGAACGAGUCAAAUCCCUAAAUCUCCUUCGAAUCUCUCAUGGCGAUCGUGACGGGAGAUCGAUACCUAGAGAAUCUCGAGAAGUUCCUCGAAGGAAACGCCGAUUCGCUCAUCGACGCCACCGAUGUCCUCAAGCUCAACCCCGCGGGCCUUCACUACGUUCAUCUCCGUCUCGAAUCUCUCCGCGAGGUCGAGCGUAUGCUCUCCGGAGCUCCCGUUGACUAUCUCCGCGCCUACGUCUCCGACAUCGGCGAUUACCGCGCCUUGGAGCAGCUCCGACGUAUCCUCCGCCUCCUCCCUUCUCUCAAAGUCGUCUCCUCGCUUCCUUCGCCGGCUCGUGAUCCCACGCCGCUCUCUCUUCUUCCGUUUGCUAGGCUUAAGGUUUUGGAGCUGCGCGGGUGUGAUUUGUCCACUUCGUCUGCUAAGGGGUUGCUCGAACUGAGGCAUACCUUGGAGAAGUUGAUCUGCCACAAUUCCACUGAUGCGUUGCGGCAUGUGUUUGCUAGUAGAAUUGCCGAAAUAAAGGAUUCACCACAGUGGAAUAAGUUGGUUUUCGUUUCUUGCGCUUGUAACCGUCUCUUGCUCAUGGAUGAGUCGUUGCAACUUCUCCCAGCUGUUGAGUCGCUUGAUCUGAGUCGGAACAAGUUUGCGAAGGUGGAUAAUCUUCGGAGGUGUUCCAAGCUGAAGCACCUUGAUCUAGGUUUCAAUCAACUUAGAAAAAUCUCUCACUUGAGCGAGGUAUCAUGUCACCUUGUUAAACUUGUUUUGAGGAACAACGCUCUAACUACAUUGCGUGGGAUUGAGAAUUUGAAGUCACUUGAAGGCCUUGAUGUUUCCUUCAAUAUUAUUUCAGACUUCUCAGAAUUGGAAUUCCUUGGGAGUCUUUCAUUCUUGACAGACUUGUGGUUGGAAGGAAAUCCGUUUUGCUGUGCUCGAUGGUACAGGGCAAAUGUCCUCAGCUACGUUGCUCGCCCAAAUGAUUUAAAGCUAGAUGGCAAACAAAUUGGGAAUAGAGAAUUUUGGAAGAGGCAGGUUGUUGUUACCCGUAGGAAAACACAGCCUGCUAGCUAUGGGUUCUACUCUCCCGCUAGAGAGGAAGCUGAUGAUGAAGGAAGCUUCAAUAGAAAAAAGUCACAGGCGAAAAUCUACCGGCUCGCGUCUAUUGACACUGAGGAAGAGAGCACUUAUGUAAAUUCUGACCAAGAGUCUGCUUCAUGUGAACUCGAGACUCAAAGCAAAGAGGAGAAUAUCAAGUCCGAUCACGAAGAUGAUAUCUUUGGUCUAAUAAGUAAAGUUGAAAAGUUGAAGAAAGAACGUUCGGUUCUUUGGCUGCGAGAGGUUAAGGAGUGGAUGGAUCAUCCGUCAGAGGAUUUUGUGGAUGUCAGAAAAGACGGCUGGAGUAUUGAUUCAGAGAAAAAGUACUACACAAAGAAUGGAAAAAACUCGAAGCAUCACAAGGAAGCAUUGAGAUAUCCACCAGGGCCUUUACCAGGUUUCCAAAUUACAGAUCUAAAUCAGAAGGAUCAAGCAUAUCUUCUUGAUGGGAAGCCAGAUGAAAAAGGAAACAUGUCAACAUUGGAUGCUACUCACGAUAUAACAGGAUCAUUUUCACCCUCAACAUAUAUGCAAUCACCCCCUCACUAUCAAAAGGAUGUCUUACACCGACGUCAUAACCUGGUGGAAGAAAUCUUGCAGCUAUCAGCAGAUUCUUACUCAGUAGCAUCGUCUGAUAGCUCGAGCAGCUGCAGUGAAAAUGAAAAUUAUGACUCUGAGCAAUCAAACCCUGAACAAGAUAUGUUGGUGGAUCAUCUUAAUGAGAAUAGCCCCGGCGAGGAGAUUCUGGGAUCUGAAAAAGGCACAAGCUUGCUUGAUUCUCAACCAGAAAAAAGUAGCAUAAUAAAGACUUGGAGGAUAGAUGAAUCGUUCAAAGCAAAGACCAAUAAUAUUAUUUCUGGACUACAUAAUAGUGAGCUUGCUUCCGGUGUUAAUCAUAUUUAUAAUUGGUUUGACAAAAGGAAAAGCAAGAGGCAGCCUAAAAAGAGAGUUGUUUCUCUAUUGGUGGAUAAUAGUGUCAUAAGUAGCGGAGAAACAUCUCAUAGAAGUGAUGCUGAUAUCAGUGAUUCUGGUGAAGAUGGGUGUGUUUCUGAUCAUUUGCAAGAAGGUUCAUUGACUAUGGGUUGUAAUAGUAAGAGAACUACUAGAUUUUGGGGUGCCGAAAAAACCCCUGAAGUAAUGGGUGGUUUAGUGGACGAGUAUAUUACAACAACGCUGUCAGAUUCCAGCAUUGAUGAGACUUGUAGGAUUUACGUAUGUUGUGAUUGUGUACUACGGCAAGAAUCCACCUACACGCAACAGGAAGUAGUGCUGCUGCGGAGUAGCCAAGAUAAAUUGUGUGUGCUGUUCGUGGAUGUUUCUACUGAUUCACAAGAUAGAAAUUUAAGUUUAUUGUGUUCGCAUGCUAUAAAUGAUAUACAAGAUGUCUCAGUUGGGCUAGGACUUCAAGUUGUGAGGCUACGCUUUAAGGAGGGCACGGAGUACAUUUUCAAAACAGAGAGCAUCGAGAAAACAACAGUUUUACUCAAUAUCACUAAAGUGUUGGAUUCUCAAGCUACGGAAUCUAAAUGUUUGGGAAGUUUGGAGAAUAUUCAAAUGGAAAUGUUUGAGAAAGAAAUAUGUGGUGGUUUAAAGUUGAGUAUAUUCCAGUACAGUGUUCUCCAUUUUCAGAGAAGCACUCUUGGAGAGGUGUCAUGGCUUCCACGGUCACUAUUUGUGGUAGAUGGACAUCUUUUCAUAUGCAUUGAAGACUUCAGGCUGCUGAGUUCUCUGCCAAAGGAUACUUCUUCGGCUCCAUAUUUCUCACUUGACUCGAGCUGCUCCAUCUCCGACAUUUUUGAGAUGGCUAUUGAAUCCCGGGGAAGCUCAUGCUUGUCACUGAAGAUCAAGCAGAAGAAUUCCACAUUUCAAGCCAGACCAAACAGAACAGCGACUUCAGCAACAUGGAAGCUCAAAUUAUUCAGCAUCGAGUGUGUACUCAAAUUCGUGUCUCUAGUCAAAGGACUUCACCCGGAUUCACCAGAACUCCCGUUGCUCGUAAGGCAUUUGGGUUAGAUAUAAGUCGUAAAGUUACUUUUUAGAAAGUGAGAAAAAAUGCCUCCUGCAUACUCACAUAAUGUUCAUAACUUCAUAUUCAUUUGAUUCAGUUUGUUCCCAUGUGUUUUGAUUCAUCUUGUAUAAAGCCCUUGGGGUAUUGUGGCGUGCUCUGAGUGAGUCUGAUUGACAGAUUCCUUCAACCGUUUCAACAUAUUCUUUGAUUUGUA